UGCCGUCCCACGCCGUACGCCGUCCGCCCCUCUCGAGCCUAAAAAGCCCCGCCGUCUCGCACACGGUCACGCGAUGCUGCGCUCCGAGCCCGCCGUCCGCUAAACCGUCUGCCGUACGCUGCGUGUAGGUGAGUGGUGUCGCGGCGACGGGAGGGGGGAGCGCGUGCGUGCGUGCGUGCGUGAGUGCGCGCGCGCGCGCGCACACACAUACACGUGUGUGCGUGGAGUCGCGCUCGCGUGCGUGCUCGCGUGCACUCGUCCGUGCCUCAGCGCGUGGCUCGCGCGCUGCGUGCGUGUUCGUGUGUCGCGCGCGCUGCGCCGAGCGGCCGAAUCGUUACCCCUCCCUUUUAUCCCAUUUUCUUCAACUCCCCCCCUCGCCAUUCUGUCUCUCUCUCGCUCUCUCCGUCCGUCUCCCCGCCGUCUGUCUCUCGCUCGCUCUCUGUUUCUCUUUCUCGUCCCCUAACCUAACCUAACCUGCUUUUGCGGCUCGAGCGCUCGGCAGAUUGGAUCGCGGCGCACGCGACCGAAUCGUCCGCGACCAUCGCCAAAUGGGAUUCCGCAUCGGCCGUUCGGAGUAAGCUCACCGGCACUGCCUCGCCGACGGUCAGCGUGCCCAGGAGAAGCCGUCUCGGACCUUCCCCCUCCCCCCCUCCGCCCGCCCUCGUGCCGCCGUUCGCCAGCGCGCAGCCAUGGCCUCCUCGAACCGUGGCAUCCAGAUCGGCUCCGGCUGGUUCCAGACCAAGAUCAACCUCAGGCCGCAGCACCGGGGCGUCCACCUCGUCACCGAGGAGAUCCUCAGGCAGGUACCUGAGCUCUGCCAGUUUUCCAUUGGUCUCUGCCAUAUCCAGAUUCUCCAUACCUCAGCUAGUUUAGCGUUAAACGAGAGCUGGGAUCCAGACGUGAGGGACGACAUGGAGAUGAUGCUUAACAAAAUAGUUCCUGAAGGCUUGGAGUACAGGCAUAGCUGCGAAGGACCCGACGACAUGCCGGCACACGUAAAGGCCUGUUUCCUGGGCUCGUCGCUGAGCAUCCCGAUCACCGACGGCAAGCUGGCGCUGGGCACGUGGCAGGGCAUUUGGUUGGGCGAGCACCGCGACCACGCCGGCAGCCGCAAGCUGGUGGUAACGCUGACCGGCGUCCUGAGGGACUCGGCGCGCAGCCCCCUCAGCCCGGUCAGCCCUAUCGCGUCUACCAGCAGCUAGGACCACUCGCACCCCCGAAGGCGUGGCAAGCGUCAGCCGCGCGCGUCCACCUCGAGCGACUCGAGCUAGCAGCCGCUUUAAGCCCUAGUCAACUUCUAAGAGUACAAUCUGUUGAGGAGGAGUGAGCCGGAUACCUCGCGGACUUACCCAUCGCUCGGGGAUAACCACCGUCAGUAGCGAUCAACCGCGUCCUCGACGUUUCGCUCGUCUCGACCGUCGAGUGGACAGACCGGGGAUCGUGCAUCGUUCAAGACUUCUGUGCGCGCGUGUAUGUGUGCUUCAGAGUUUCAUUUGUGUCUCCGACGUUGUUUCGCAUGGGACAUUCCUUUUCAUUCGUGCGACAAUUAAGCCGUUAGGGUUGUUGCAGGAGUUUUCUAGACGGAUACCCACGGGACGAUAGGCUUUCGCGUCUGGAUGUUACCCUUGCAACUCGGGAACCCAAAUUUUAAGGUCUUUUUUUCCUUCUUAAACGGUCGCGUUAAUUCGGGGGAGGGGGAAAAAAAAAGAAAAGUUUUGCAUCUGACAUUCGAAGAUAACAGAAAGCUGAGAUCUUUGAAAGCUCUUUCUGUUCUGAGGAUUUUGGGAUCCGACAACUCGGAGGCUAGAAUCUUGGCAACAACUCAGAAUGCUUCUCUCGUUUCUUCAUUUCUAGUAUCUUUUUCUUUUCUUUUUUUUUUAGCUCGUGUUGAUCACGUUGGACAUCUACGACAUACAAUAAUAAUAAUAAUAAUAGUAAUAAUAAUAAUAAAAGAAGACAAAUGGAUAUAUAUAUAAAGAGAUAAAGAGAGAAAUGAAGAAAAAACUGCCACGGCAGAUGCGCGCAUUGCACGCGUCUUAUGUAAACAAAACGAAUUAACGCGAGUAUCCAGCACUCUUCCGCCUCGCACUCUUGAAGACGAAAGAAAGCGAAAGGCGGGAAAGACACGCUCUAAGAACGGCAAUUGGAGGGGGAAAGGGGGGAAGGAGAGACGGGAAAAGGAAAGAACGAAACAUUCCGGUAACGCGUCCAAUACUCCGAAUUUACGUAGCUUUAUUUAGGAGACCCUUUUGUAUAAACAAAGUUAACGAAUAUGAGCAGCCGUGCAGGGACUCGCAGUAUCCUUUUUUACACUCUGCUAUCUUUGAGCUGUCCAAAAAAUAGAGAGAGAGAGAGAGAAAAGGGGGGGGGGUGAGAGGGAAAGAGGAUAACAAAAGUGAGAGAGUGUAAGGUACGCGUCGCGGACUUUCUGACUCGCCGCUUAAAAAAAAAAGAAAGACGAUUAGGAGCUAAAUCAGUCGCUCGUAAACGAUGAUGUUUCCAUCGCAUUGGGGGUGUGUAUAUGUACAUAAGGGGAAGGGGCGAUGAUUCUCUACCUGUGCGCGUUUCCGCUAGAGUUAUAAGGUAUGUUAUAUCAUGGGCACAUAGCGCGAUUACAUCCUACGUGAAUUAUAGCGCGUGUACGGAGUGCUGUAAAAGAUUUCAGUGUAAAAACACCGCAGGGGGAAAGUUUGCGAAGAACCACGUGACGAAAGUAUAAGCGAUUUUGCUUCCAAGUAACAACGUUUUCUUUUCGAAUUGGAAAAGACACCGCGGAUUGGGGGGGGGGGGGAUAAAUCUCCAGGUUCGAACUCUGGCUAAUGUUUUUUCGCAAUAAAUUCUUUACGGUGAUUUUAAUUGCGUGUUAGCAUAUAAAAAAGUUAAAUCGUUUAUCGAUUGAAAGAAGCAAUGUGAAUUUACUGUUCCAACAAAUGGAACGACCGUCUUAAGACCGACAAAUAAUCGGUGCGUGUUAACUGAAUUUGGAAAAAAAGUACGCAAAAUUCAGAAUUAUUAUUAGACCACGAAGAACCAGCUCUGACCGAAAACGCAUUACAAUACAUUCGUAUUUUUUUUCCUUUCAAUACAGCAGCUUGAUCAAUUAUAAGUUCUAAUUAAAAAGUCACCUACAUCGACGAGUCACGCGAUAGUGUUAGCGACCGCCGAAAAUUACAUAUUAAUAUUGCCGUGCGUCUGAUUGACGAACAGACAGCUCUUUAAUCGCAGCUCACGAUCUGACUGAAUUUUGAAUUUCUACAUAAAAAAAUUACUAUUCGAAGAGAUCGCGUGUUUCCCCCCGUUACUUGGUCCCUCGCACUCUUUUCCGCCGGAGUGUCUUCGUGCUCGAGUCUUAUGGCACUCUGUAUAAUUAAAGCAACGUUACUAUAUACUCGAAGAAUCGAUUGCAUCAACGUCGAUCACCAUUUCUUUCAUUGUUCGUACUGCAGCAACUGUAUUGCCCCGUCGCGAAAAGCUCGACGCUUCAUUAUUUCCCCAACAUCGAAACUUUUGCGAAUUGCAAAAAGAAAAAAAAACUUUGAUUGUCCUGCGUUACGAGAUGCGAUUUAGUUUCACCAACGUUAAAAGGCAUUCUUCGACGAAGAAUCGGCGCGAUUAACUUCUCUCGAUUAUCAAAAAGACCGCUUGUCCCGGGAGGUAUCGCAAGUACGUAAGGCAUCGUUUUUUAAAGGAUCCAGCACUGCGGUGAAUUGUAAUAAACGUUGGAUCGUCGCAAAGAUAGCGCGAUUUCGGAAGAGUCUUCUUCGAACUUUUGGCCUUUGACCUUCUUGGAAAUGUAAAAAGUCCUGGUCCACGCAUCUGGCCCUCGGAGCCUCGGGGCUCCAGGCGAGUGCGUGCGAUAUUUUUUUUUAGCGUUCCCUUUUUCGCGCCGAAGGUCAUCGAAAGGGAAAGAGCCGAAGGGGUCUUCGCGACGAACCGACAGAGCUACUUACACUUACACGAUGUUAUUAACCGAUGCUUAACUAAUGAGCUUGCUGCAGCGUAUCGAACGGGCUGGCAGACAGGCGGAACAAGACGUCGUCGUUGUUUAGUCGUUAAUCCUCAACGUACAUAGGCGUGCAAGAAGAAAAAAACCGCGUCGUCGUCCAUUAACGUGAUUUAAAUGGACCUAUGCUUUAAUGUAAAGUACGUCUCUAUCUAUACAGUUCACAUAGCUUAAAGAAAAAAAAAAACAUUAUCGGAGCUCAAAGUAUAAUGUAAUGUAAUGUGAUGUAAUGGUACACUGUCGAGGUUAUCGUACGUGUCGCCCCUUCGAAUAUACGCAAAACGAGGGCAUGGGGGAGACGAGGAGAAGACUCGUACAUUGCACAAAGGGAGAAAGGGAGAGAAAUAAAAGCGUUAUCUUCGGUCCUCUCUGCGGUUCCUAGCGUGACCUCACGAAUGCGACCUUAGGUUCAACAGCCAGCCGGUUCGUGGUUUAAGGCAAGGCGAUUAGCGAUUUUAUCUGUACACAUUGCAUAUUGUAAAUAAUAACGGUUUGCUGAACUCAAAAUGAGGAUGCGUUCUCGAGAUUUUAGGAGGUACGUUAUAUAUUCAGCGCGAUCUGUAGGGAGCCACGGACUUCCGGUUCGGACCUAUCUUUAUUUGAUCUCUUGAAUAGCGUACUUUUUUUUUAAUUCUUACCGUCUGCUUGUUUUUUAUUUUAGAAAAUUAUGUCCCGAAAUACUCGCGGCGAUCUCUCGAGUUUUUUUAAAUUUGUGACACUGCCGACUUUAUUUCUCAGAAUUUCAGAUCUCCUAGCUAGUAGCUCAGUCGGAGCACAUAUUUUUAAUUUUCUUUGCGCGCAAAACUCUUGGGGAAUCUCUGGAAAUUUUGUUUCCCGGAGUCUUUCGUUCUUCAGGCUUUUUAAACCAAAAAGAAUCGGAGAUCGGGCUCCUUCUGACGCGUUGUGAAAGCUAUAAGAAUCACGAUCACUUGUUGUAUUUGCCAAAAAAGAAAAAAAAAGAAAAUGGAUUUACCAGUGAAAGAGAUAAAAAUUCAUUUCCAAGCGUAGGCUUCCGCUUGCGCGCAGUGAACGCGGAUCUAAUUAUUGCAACGCAUGCAGGCUCCGUCAGUCCCUCUUUGCACUCUUGCGUAAGUAAAAAUAUUUUCUACCGUUUAGAAAUAAAGAACUGUUACAACACAAAA